AUGGAGCUCCGAGUGGUGAUUUUUUGCACCCUGGUGGUGUUCUGUAGUUCCAGUUCCGCACGAUCCACACCGGUUCCAGUGGAGUCACCCGGAAGAAUCGUCGCCGUGGUUAGCGACCCGGAAGUGACGCGAGAUAAGCGCCAUCUUGGAUUUGGAGGAUUGGGAAUUGGAGUUGGCCUCAUCGGAGGAGGAUUCGGAUUUGAUGGAGGAUAUGGUGGCGGCGGGUAUCCUCCCUUCUAUGGAGGUCCUGUUGGAGUACCAUAUGGCGGAGGGUAUGGUCCGUACGGUGGUGGAUUCAGUCCUUAUGGCGGAUUUGGCCCGUAUGGAGGUUAUGGACAUCCUUACGGAGGUGGUUACGCUGGCGGAUACGAGUACGGUUACGGAUACGGUUCUGGAUUCUAUGGUUGA